UUUGACAUAUCGACCGAAAAACAUUUUCGAAAACAAAAAUUUCUCCUGUCCCAAGCGCUUCUCUCAAUUAAUUUACCUUUUCAUUGCUUAAAAUUAUAAAUAAAAUGAAUCUCGUUAAUAUAAAUUGUUUACAAUUGUUCAUUUAUUAUCAUUAAAUCAAUAAAAAACAAUGAUUUGAUAUUCUAGUUUGGCUAAAGUUUAAGUGAGUUUAUCCUUUGAUUGACUGCGAAGCGAAAGCCUCAUACGGCUUAUCGUCAUUUCACCUGCACAAAAAUGGAAAUGGAAGACAAAAAGUGUCGAAUUUGCGGCCUAGCCGACAUGGACAACUUCAAUAUAUUCCAAUCGAAAACCCUACCGGCUAAGAUAGUUGCAGUCUAUCCAAUUGCUUUGUAUCGCAAUGAUCCGCUUCCAAAACACAUCUGCAAGAAGUGUCAUGUCUCUACCCACAACAUGUACACGGAGAUGGAGCGGGCUCUUAGGAACCAGGCCAAAUGGAUGGCUAACAUACGGUUGGCACAGCCAGACAAUCAAUAUCUUAAAGUUGUGGAUAGUAUAGCGGGCGCCAAUAAACAAACCAGUCAACUUGUCUCCUUAAUAGCUGGCGCCGAAAUGGGCGAACGUACGAUCUCAAAGUUAUUUAACUUUGAAAGCGACCAAUAUGUCAUUCCCAAGAAGCGUGCGGCCGGUGAUGAGAAUGCCUCAUUAGAAACCGACAAAAUAGAAGAAAGUGAAGAUCUAUCUGUGGAAUUGAUUGAAGCAGAGUUGGCAGCUGAAGCAAAGAGACAGCAAUCGACAUCACCACAAGCCAGCCUUAGCAAACCCACAACGCCGCCAAAAGCAAAAAUAACCCAACUUAAAUCCGUUCUCGAAUUGAACGGUUGCACGUUAACUAAACUCAAGCCAUCAUCAGCUAAGACUUCUCCUGGUGCACAAAAGAAAAAACUCGAAGAUUCAUUUGAAGAAAUGAAAGUAGUCGAUAUUAAAGCCGAACCUCUUGACGAGCCGGAGGAGAUGGAGGCGAUGGGGUACAUUCCCGUACUGACAGAAUUAAAACCAGAAUACCAGGUCAAGUGUAAAAUGUGUCCUUUCAGCAGCGAAACAAUUGAGGAGCUGGCUAUUCAUCAGUUGGAGCAUUUGAGUCUUGCAACUUGGAAACUAUCAGAGAGACGGAUCCUAAACAAACGAAUUCGCCGUGGACGGUUGAUUAUGGUCGAGGAGAAAAAGUGCAUUCGCUGUUUGAAUUGUUGGCGAAUAUUUGCAGACAACAAGUCGAUUCUGCAGCAUUGGUCCGAUGGGGAGUGUGAUUUCUUUUGUCAAAUUUGUGGGAAGGAGUUUGCCACAAGUCCGAAGAUGCUCCGAGAGCAUAUUCCGGCUGCGCACGGAAUAUCCUAUAGAUCAUCCAAGAUCCUUCGUCCGAUAUCUUUGUCGUGUCCCAGAAAACCGCUUAAAAUCGAAAAAUCACCCUGCAAGCCGACUAAGUCUCCAAUUAAAACGGAACCAUCAUUACAAAGAAGCAAGCCUUCACCGACCAAGACUAAGGCGGACAAACCAGUGCCGAAUGGUUCGCUUCUUGUCAAAGUGGCUUGCAGUAUUUGCCUGAAGGUAUUUGCCAACUUUAAGGCCCGCAACUCCCACAUGCGUGCCCACAAACACCCACCGUUUUUACCAGCUCAACCACCGCCACCACUGAAUGAAACUCUGAUGGCUCUCAAUCGGACUGAUGGACUGUUGGAGAUCAAAGAGGAGCCUCUAGAAAUCGAGAACACUCUAUUUCAAGGAAUGAAUCCGCUCGAAGCAGCCGCCCCUUCGACAAGUAAAGCGGGGCCCGCAUUCACUAAAGUCGGUGCAACAAUAAAACAUCCACGCUUAAAAGUGAUACCCACUAGAAUUGGGAGAAAGAAAAGUAUUCAAAAGUCAGCCAUCCCCAGCUCAGUCAUUGUCAAAACAGAACCAUGUCUGAUGACACAGGAGCCCCUCAAGGUGAAGUCCCUUGUCGAUUUACAGGACCCUGCCGUCUCAUCACAAUUAUCUGAAGAUACCGAAAAGCUGUUCUUUGGGGAAACAUCAACAGCAACAGUAACCGCAAUUCCUCCUUCAAAUGGAACACCUUCAAUUAAUGGACUGAGUUUUGACUUUGGUGUUCCACCCAAGGACAACAUGAACUAUUGUCAGAUCUUCACCUGUCAUCCGUGUGGCCUCAAAUUCAACUCGAAAUUGGAACUUUUCAGACACAAGAGAAAAUGCUCCGCUAACAAUAUGUUUCCAUGUCAGUUUUGCGACAAACAUUUUAUAACUAGUGCAGAUAUGCAAAUGCACAUCAUGUUAAUGCAUAAGAAUAGCUGUCCACAGUAACAUUUUUAAAAUGUUUUAAACAAAUUUCCAUUUAGUUAUUAUUUUAGUAAGCAAACAAAAAGUUUUGACUAUUAUGUUAUAUUAUAGGAUUUAAGAAAUAAACUUAGAGAGGUAAGAGCAAUAUUGAGCUUAGCAUAAAUUGUAUAAAAA